ACUAGCGACGCAAGCACAAGCGCAAGAAAAAUAACUGUAUUCUAUGCAACCAUUAAAAGCUUAUUUCUUUGUUUUAGAAAAAGUGGUCAGGGCGGCAAAGGUUCGGCCGUCAGUUUUUACUGCAGACACAAGUGCACAGGACUUCGAUGGCGACAAAACUAAUUCCGCUAAACAAACAACAGAUUCGAAGUGUCAAGACCAAACUAUAACUGUUGAUCUUUCGGGUGAGUUUCAGGAAGUUUUAGACGAGCUGUUAGGACGCGUAAAACCGCUCCUGUCCAGGCUUCAAGGAAAUGGAGUUAUUCUACAGACCAAGACGUUAUCAAACUUAAAUCCAGACUAUACCAGAUUCGUUUUGAAACAAGCCCAAAUGUCUGUAAAGGAAGGAGAUGCUGACAGCAAGGAAAGUCAGAUUUAUCGUCUAACUGUGUGCUUGCAUGCACUGGUCUCAUCUGUUGAUAUUCUGAUGCAAAGUGGUCUGGAAGCCGUACUAGCCUACUUAAGUUCAACCCAGGAGAGGUAUGACCACUUGUUAGAAGGAGCACUGGAUUCAACACGUAGAUAUCUCUUGGAAACACAUUUUACGUUUCAGCAGCAAAAGAUUCUUCAUCCCAAGCUUUCAAAACUACUCAACAUUGUAGGAAGAUGGAGCAAAGAACAAGAGACAAGAAACGUAAACUCCGCUAUCAUCACCUACACUUUCCCUGAGAAGAUAAACAAAGAAAUCAUGGACACACUGUCGGGGCUACACGGCAUUCAGGCCACGUUAUACAAGUCAGCCAUGAAAGUGAAUACAAUUGAAGAGGAAGGCCCAAACGUAGCUGUUUACGUCGUUAAUGGUUUAGCUAUAACUGAGGACUUUCCAUGGGCUAGAUUUGACCUUGUGUUGGAAUAUGACCUGAGUGGAGAGAUGAAAAGAGAGGAGCUUUCUCGCAGCACCAGACUAAGAGCACAUAUUAGCCUGAAGACACUAGCAAAGGCUCUCCUGGAUAAACAACCGGUCGAAUGCAAAGGUUGGUGAAAGUUUUUUCUCAUUUUUUGCAGCUGUUUACUCCUUCUGAGACUAUCCAAGCUUC